CGAUGUAGCGCACUCUGCAACCUCCGUCACCGCGAGAAGGAAAACAUUAGACUCUGAUCUCCAGCAAGCUGCAGUCAAUGAGCUGCCAGUGGUUCCCAGUUUACCGUUCAUCUGAUCCUAGAAGUAUUCUAGUUCCUCGGAGCCCGGAGCCCCUGUAGAGCGGACACACUGACCUCAGAUCUCAAGGAGCCCGGAGCCACUAUAGAGAGUAACCCCAGAGCCCCCGUAAAGUGGACCCCCAGACCUUGGAUCUAUUUAUCAUCCCGUCAUGAAUGAAGUGGAGGGGCUGCGGCUCCGCAGGCUGAACCGACCCCAGGUCAUCACGGACGAUCUGCACAUGCCCCAGAGCAAGGGCUCCAGUAGCUACAGUGGGAAGGUGUUCCGGGUGGUGCUGGUGUCCCUGGCGGUGUUCCUGUUGUUCCCGCUCCUGGUGGUGUGUCUGAUCCUCGAGUCUCCGAUCCAACCCGACGUCCUCAGGCUGAGCGAGCCCCCGGUGAUGAGCGGAUGCUAUGAGCCCAACCUGGAGCUCAGGGACGCCCAGAGGCUGUUCGAGGACCAGAUCCAAGGCCCCGAGUCCAUCGUCAACAUCGGCGACGUCCUCUACACCGGGACCGCCGACGGCAAGAUCCUGAAGCUGGUGGGCCGGAGGUCGUACCUGGUGGCCCGGCUGGGACAGCCCCCCUGCGGCACCACGGAGGCGGAGCCUGUGUGUGGCCGGCCCCUGGGCAUGAGAGUCGGCCCCAAUGGGACGCUGUUCGUGGCCGACGCCUACCUGGGAGUGUUUGAGGUCAACCCCACCACAGGGGAGGUGACCCGGCUGGUGGCGGGGGGCCAGGUGGUUGCGGGCAGGAAGCUGUCGUUCAUCAACGACCUGGACGUGACGGCCGACGGCAGGAAGGUGUACUUCACCGACUCCAGCAGCAGGUGGCAGCGCAGAGACUACCUGCUGCUCAUCAUGGAGGCCACCGCCGACGGCCGCGUGCUGGAGUACGACAUGGACAGCAGGGAGGUUACCGUGGUGAUGGAGAACCUCCGCUUCCCCAACGGCAUCCAGCUGCUCCCCGACGAGGAGUCGGUCCUCGUGGCCGAGACCACCAUGGCCCGGAUCCGCAGGGUCCACGUGUCGGGUCUGAACAAGGGCGGGAUGGACAUGUUUGUGGAGAACCUGCCCGGUUUCCCUGACAACAUUCGGCCCAGCUCCACAGGGGGGUACUGGGUCGCCAUGGCCACCAUCCGCCCCAACCCCGGCUUCUCCAUGAUGGACUUCCUGGCCCAGAGACCGUGGGUCAAGAAGCUGGUCUUUAAGGUCUUCAGCCGGGAGGUGCUGAUGAAGAUGGCUCCGCCCUACAGCCUGGUGGUGGAGCUGCAUGAGGGUGGGGUUUGCACCCGCAGCCUCCACGACCCCCAGGGGCUGGUGGCGGCCUACGUCAGCGAGGCCCACGAGCACGACGGCUACCUGUACCUGGGCUCCUUCCGCUCGCCCUACAUCAGCCGGCUGCAGCUCCGCAGGGCCUGAGGGGGAGGGGGGAGGGGGGAUAGGGUGGAGCUGGAGGCGAGGGGAUGAUUAGGAGGGGGGAGGGGCGAUGAUUUGGGAGGUCUGGGGGGGGUGAAAAGGUGGAUGAACAUGAAUACACUCACACUGAACACACACAGUGUGUGUGUGUGUGUGUGUGUGUGUGUGUGUGUGUGUGUGUGUGUGUGUGUGUGUGUGUGUGUGUGUGUGUGUGUGUGUGUGUGUGUGUGUGUGUGUGUGUGUGUGUGUGUGUGUGGUCGCUAUACUUCCCGUCGAUCCACAACGUGCCAAAUCCUUUUUUUGUUCUUAGUUUCCUUAUUUGCACUUUAAUUUAUUGGUUUUUGCACGGUUCACCCUCAUCUUCCUCUUCGCUCGUCCAGUAUUUAAAACGGCUUCGCUGCGUCCCAGGUACCGGACCAUUACCCCGUGGACCAAUCGGGUCACAGCCUGGGAUGUCAUUCAAGAUGGCCGACGUAGGGCUGCUCAGUAACCAAUCCCAGUGUCUCGUUUCUCACAUCACGCCUAGCAACUGUUCCCUGGCCAAGCAGUUGAUUUUAAAUACAAACCCGGUGUCUCAUUAACACAUCGACUGAGGACAGAUACUGCACUAGUUGAAUAUAACUAGUGUAAACUAGUUAUACACUAGUUAUAUACAACUAGUAUAUAACUAUAAUUCUAUAUAGCUAUAGUCAUAUUCUAGUUGUAUGUAAUCAUGUAUAUAUAACUAGUAUAUAACUAGUUAUAUAAAAUUAGUAUGUAACUAUAGUUGUACAUAACUGUACUCUGUAUAGUUAUAUAUAACUAGUAUAUAACUAUAUAUUUAUAUAUAACUAUACUCUAUAUAGUCAUAUAUAACUAUAUUUAUAUAUAACUAUACUCUAUAUAGUUAUAUAGAACUAUUAUAUAACUAUACUCUAUAUAGUCACAUAGAACUAUAUAGUCAUAUCUAACUAGUAUAUAACUAUUCUGCCCCCAUGCACUGUUUAAACUCACUUGCCCGUUUAACGUCUUCGCCCAAGUUAUAUUUAACACAUUGAAAGUUUCUCUGUAACAAAGAGUGAAAUUUGUCCAUGUUGCGCUCCUGACCGAGUCGUCACUCUGUGAAGCUGUGUCUUCCUAACUUUGUGUUCGCAGCCCUGCGGAAAAUAAAAAACUGUUUUAAACUACCCAACGAGUCUGUGGUUUC